GCGGCGUGCUCAGCCAUGGCGUUUGCUCGCGCUCCCUGCCUCCUCUUGGCCCUGCUCUCCUGCCUGGUGGCCUCUGGCUUCCCUAGGGGCCUCUCCCGGCCACUUGGGAAACGGAGCCUCCCGGAAAUGGUGGUGGAUGGCAUCGAGGUUUACAGUACCAAGAUCCACUGCAGGGUCACCUCCCGCUUUGCCCACAAUACUGUGACCACGCGGGCCACCAACCGGGCAGAGACUGCCAAGGAGGUCUCCUUCGAUGUGGAGCUGCCCAAGACGGCCUUCAUCACCAACUUCACCUUGACCAUCGAUGGUGUCACCUACCCUGGGAAUAUCAAGGAGAAGGAAGUCGCUCAGAAGCAGUAUGAUAGGGCAGUGUCCCAGGGCAAGACAGCUGGCUUGGUCAAGGCCUCUGGGAGGAAGCUGGAGAAGUUCACGGUGUCCGUGAAUGUGGCUGCGGGCAGCAAGGUCACCUUUGAGCUGACCUACGAGGAGCUGCUGAAGAGAAACAAGGGCAAGUACGAGAUGUACCUGAAGGUCAGGCCCAAGCAACUGGUCAAGCACUUUGAGAUCACGGCAGACAUCUUCGAGCCGCAGGGCAUCAGCUCGCUGGAUGCACAGGCCUCGUUCAUCACCAAUGACCUUCUGGCCAGUGCCCUCACCAAGUCCUUCUCAGGGAAAAAGGGUCACGUGUCCUUCAAGCCCAGCGUGGACCAGCAGCGCUCCUGCCCGACCUGCACAGACUCGCUGCUCGAUGGAGAUUUCACCAUCACCUACGACGUGAACAGAGAGUCCCCGGCUAAUGUGCAGAUCGUCAAUGGCUACUUUGUGCACUUCUUUGCACCUCACGGCCUCCCAGUGGUACCUAAGAAUGUGGUAUUUGUGAUUGAUGUCAGCGGCUCCAUGUAUUAUCAGAAGUUAAAGCAGACAAAGGAGGCGCUCCUCAAGAUCCUGGAGGACAUGAAAGAGAAUGACUACCUGAACUUCGUUCUAUUCGCUUCCAAAGUGCGUGUCUGGAAGGACCAUUUAAUUCAAGCCACCCCGGAGAACAUCCAGGAGGCCAGAGCUUUUGUGUCGAAUAUAGCCGCUGAAGACACCACCAACAUCAAUGGCGGGCUGCUGAGAGGCAUCGAAAUGCUGAAGAAGGCCCGGGAGGAGCACCAGGUCCCCGAGAGGAGCACCUCCAUCGUCAUCCUGCUGACAGAUGGCAUAGCCAAUGAGGGUGUAAGUAGACCCGAAGACAUCCAAGCGAAUGCUCGCAACGCUAUCGGCGGCAAGUUCCCCUUGUACAGCCUGGGCUUCGGGGACAACGUGGACUACGGCUUCCUGGAGAAGCUGGCCCUGGAGAACAACGGCUUUGCCCGGCGCAUUUAUGAGGCUUCCGAUGCCACCUUGCAAUUGCAGGAUUUCUACGAGGAGAUAGCCAACCCGCUGCUGACGGGCGUGGAGGUGGAGUACCCCCAGAACGCCAUCCUGGACCUCACCCAGAACACCUACAAGCACUACUACGACGGCUCCGAGAUCGUGGUGGCGGGGAAGCUGGCGGACAAGGACAUGAACCACUUCAAGGCGGAUGUGAAGGGCCAUGGGGCCUUCAACGACUUGAGCUUCACGGAGGAGCUGGACGCGGAGGAGAUGGAGAAGGCCCGGCAGGAGCAGGACUACAUCUUCGGGGACUACAUCGAGCGGCUCUGGGCCUACCUCACCAUCGAGCAGCUGCUGGACAAACGCAAGAAAGCCCAAGGGGAAGAGAAAGAGAACCUCACGGCCCAGGCCCUGGAACUAUCCCUCAAGUACCACUUCGUGACACCGCUGACCUCCAUGGUGGUGACCAAGCCUGAGGACAAUGAGGAUCAAACAGCCAUCGCAGACAAGCCAGGGGACGGGUACUCAUUUUCACAGGACAUUCCUCCCAGCUCUGCGGUCUUGGUCGGUUACCAGCCCCCUCAGACACCCUACUACUAUGUGGAUGGGGACCCUCACUUCAUCAUCCGAGUACCAGGGAAGAACGAUGCACUCUGCUUCAACAUCGACGAGGACCCAGGCACCGUGCUGAGCCUCAUUCACGAUCCCGUCACAGGCCUCACUGUCCACGGGGAGAUCAUCGGGGACAAGGUAGCCAGUGCUGACUCUAAGACCAGGAACACCUACUUUGGCAAACUGGGCAUUGCCAAUGCUUACCUGGAUGUCCGGAUUGAGGUGACCCCUGAGAAGAUCAGCCUGUGGAACGGGGAGGCCCAGAGUACCUUCAGCUGGCUAGACACGGUCACGGUCACCCAAAAUGGGAUGACCAUGGCCAUCAACAGGAAGAAGAACAUAGUCCUCUCCUUUGGGGAUGGGGUCACCUUUGUGGUGGUCCUGCACCAGGUGUGGAAGAAGCAUCCUGUCCACCGGGACUUUCUGGGCUUCUAUGUGGUGGACAGUCACCGGAUGUCGGCUCAGACGCACGGGCUGCUGGGACAAUUCUUUCACCCCUUGGACUUUGAAGUGUCUGACAUCCGCCCCGGCUUGGACCCCAGCAAGCCUGUGGCCACGAUGGUGGUGAAGAACCAUCAGCUGAAGGUCACCAGGGGCUCCCAGAAAGACUACAGGAGGGACGCCAGCGUGGGCGUGAAGGUGGCCUGCUGGUUCAUCCACAACAAUGGGGAGGGGCUGCUGGAUGGCGACCUCAAAGACUACAUCGUCCCCGCUCUGUUCUGAGGGGCAGCGCGGCGCCCGUUGGCCCACACGGCUGCCCACCCUGUCCUGUCGGCGUCAGGACCCGCACA